UUCUCCUCCUCCUCCUCCACUCUUCAACCGCAAUACAGAUAAAAACGUCAAGUCUGAAAUGGCUUUCCACUUAAGAUCGAUAAGUUUGCCUUCAAGGCCUCGGGCCAGCGAGGCCGAAGUCGAGCAAGAGAUGCUGAGCCUAGAGGCAAGCAUCUCUUCCUCAACCAAUAUCACCAUGAUGUGUGAUGGUCUGAGAAGGCUUGGAGACAUCUACAAUGGUGUUCAAGAGAUACUUGGCCUGCCAAGGAACCAAGUCGCAAAGAUGUUGGCUGGAGAGAUGGAAUGCUCUCUUGAGCUGCUGGAUCUUUGCAGCACCAUGCAAGAGAUCUUCGUGGAGAUGAAGGCCAUCAUUCAAGAGUUGCAAGUGGCUCUAAGAAAAGGAGAUGGUGCAGCUGCUCAAGCCAAGAUCCAGUCUUAUUCUCAUUUGGCGAAGAAGGCCAAGAAACAUUUCCUGAAGACCACGAAGAAGGCUACUUCUGCAGGUUGCAGGAUGGUCACACUAUUAACCAAGGCUAGAGAGAUAUCUGUAUCUCUGCUGGAGUCCUCAGUCCAUCUCUUGUCGAAGGAAAUCGAUAUGCCUAAACAGUCACUUCUCUCCAAAGCAUUUCACAAGAAGAAGGCAGUUUUCUGCGAGGAGGAGCAAUUGCAGGCGUUAGAGUACAGUAUUGGAGAUCUUGAGAAUGGGACAGGACAUCUGUUCAGGAAAUUAGUCCAGAUCAGGGUUUCUCUCCUGAACAUUCUUAGCUCAUAGAUACUCCACAACACUCUUGGCACACUGUGAUUGGCAUCCGCCUUUUUGAGGACUAGCUGAUCUUGAUACAAUUUUCCGAAGAUGUAAUUAUGUAUAUAGUAUAAAUGUAAAGGAAGUUAAAAUAGAGAGAGAAAAAAAGUUUUGAUCCACUUGCCCCA